GGCAUAGCAUAUGCCUAUAUUUCUCCUGCUCCCACAACCUGCUCCCACAUAUUACGUAGUAGUUCAUGACGUAUAGAUUCCGUUGUCGAUUACGUAGUACGUUCAAAAUUACGGCCCGCGCUUCACGAGCAGUAGUUCAAUCUCUGCAGCAGAAGCACCUUUAGUCAGAUAGACCCCUUUCGGGUUCACGCGCCGUUUCUCGACGUUCAUUCGCUCCUUCAUCCCUCGGACUCGCCUCAGGAGGGAUACUCUUCUCAGCAAUGGAGCUUCGACGCCUCUUCCCCAUUCUGGUCCUGCUCCUCGUCUCCGCCUCGCUCCUCCACCCCGUCUCUUCCGCCCGGAACUUCCCGUCCCAGGCAAAAGGCCGCUCCAAUUCCCCAAGGCAACUCGACUGCAGCAAGACGUCUUGGCCCGAGGUGCUGGGAAUGACGGGUGAGGAGGCUCGCGAUUACAUCCAGGCGGCCGUGCCGCAGUGCAACUGGACCAUCGAAAUCAUCCCGUUUGGGGCUUUCGUCACCAUGGAUUAUCGCAGCGAUCGCAUUCGCAUUUUUGAGGACGAAAACGGAAAAGUUACGACUGCUCCCGUUGUUGGGUGAUUUUUAUAACUCGGUACUCGCUUGAAGUAGCACGCUUCUCGUUCGCUAAAAUAGUUGCACACAUAACUGUAGAUAUCAAGGCCUUGCUGUGCUUGAUUGAAUCGCAUCCGCAUUUUCGAGGACGAAGACAAGAAAGUCCGGAUGGGCUUCUUCUGUGGUUAAUUGGUGAUGUCCUGGCUGCGAGGAUGGCUGCAGUGCCGUGGCCGAUAUCCCUCUGGAAUUGAUGGCAUGAUUUUUGUAGUGAUUUUUCUUACACUCAUUGUAGUGAUCUUUUUUAGCUCGACACACGCGCUAGUGAUUUAUUAGUAAUACCGUAACUCCAUUACUUUCGCCAAUAUCU